AUGGCAUCUCUACCAACAAUCCUCACCUCCAUCCUCCUCUCAACCAUCCUCCCCUACUACCUCCUCACAUUUCUCUGCACCCGUCUCGCUCAAAAAUCAUCUCAACUUCACGGCUGCAAACCCACCCCCGUGUCCAAAGCCUCGACAUAUUCAUCGCCAUCCAAAAAGCAGACGCCGCAGGCCAUCGUUCCGAAACAUACCGAGCACUUCAUCGACAAUAUGGUUCUACAGUCUUGA